CGAAACCUAUCUCUGUGAAUCUGCUGCUCAGUCUGGGUGUUUCACAAUGGCAGAAGCACAUUUUGAAGAUGUGGAUUUGAUGACCUGUUCAAUUUGUCUGGAUCUACUGAAGGAUCCGGUGACUACUGCCUGUGGACACAGUUACUGUAUGGACUGUAUUAUAGAACACUGGGAUCAGGAUGAUCUGAAAGGUUUCUACAGCUGUCCACAGUGCAGAGAGACCUUUAUCCCACGACCUGUUCUGAACAGGAGCACUGUGCUGGCUGAAGUGGUGGAGAAACUGAAGUACAGAGGACUCCAGGCUGCUCCCCCUCCUGCUCACUGUUAUGCUGGACCUUUAGAUGUGGGGUGUGACAGCUGCAUUGGGAGAAAACUCAAAGCUUUCAAGUCUUGUCUGAUGUGUCUGGCCUCUUACUGCGAGACUCACCUCAAACUUCACAAUGACCUCAACCGAGGAAAAAAACACAAGUUGAUUGAUGGACAACUCCAGGAGAAGAUUUGCUCUCAUCAUGACAAACUGCUGGAGGUUUACUGUCGUACCGAUCAGCAGUGUAUCUGUCUGCUGUGUGUGAUGGAUGAACAUAAAGGCCAUGAUACAGUGUCAGCUGCAGCAGAGAGGACUGAGAAACAGAAGCAGAUGGGGGAAAACAGUCUGAAAUCCAUGCUGAGAAUCCAGGAGAGAGAGAAGGAGAUGCAGGAGCUGAGACAGGCUGUGGACUCUCUGAAGCGCUCUGCACAAGAGGAAUUGUCUGACAGUGAGAGGACCUUAACUGAGCUGAUCCUCUUCAUUGAGAGAAGGCGCUCUGAGGUGAACGAGCUGAUCAGAGCCCAGGAGGAGGCUGAAGUGAGUCGAGCUAAAAGGCGACUGCAGCAACUGGAACAGGAAGUGGCUGAGUUGAAGAGGAGAGAUACUGAACUAAAGCAACUUUCACACACAGAGGAUAACAUCCAUUUCCUCCAGAGUUUCCAGUCUCUCUGUGUUACUCCUGGAUCUGAGGCCAUACCCAGCAUCAGUAUCACAUUUGAACAAGCGAAGAAAUAUGUCUCUGACCUGAAAGAGAUCUGCAAGGUGGAAAUGGACAGGAUAUCCAGGAAAGAUGUGUUUAAAUCAAAUAAUAUGAUUAUAAUAUUUGUUUUUAUUAUUGUCUUGUUUCUAAUGUUUUUUGGGAGAGGGGGGGGGCGGGGGAUGAAUCAGCUUUAAUAUUGCAGAUAGAUUGUGACUUAUAUCAGCGUAAUUGUCUGCAUCAUUUCCAAUACCCCAUAUAUAUAUUUUGAAAACAUCAUCUUAAAUAUAUUUUCCUUUUUUAUUAAUUUCCCCAAAACCUACCACCACUCCCCUAACUGGAGUAAACUAAUGGACAGAAUACUUAGGCUUCCACUUCCAGCUUAUACAUAAUACAUACAUUUCACAGACACUGUAUUUGACAUUAGUUAUCUUUUGUUUGUUUUUACUCCCAUCCCUCAGCUACCCUCAACCUCUCCCAUCUACCUCUGAAGACCAUCCAGUUUUUAUUUCUAUUUGCCAUAUACAUUUCUCAUAUUCUGAACCUUUCUAAUCUCACAGUUUCUACAGAUUGUAAAUAUUAAAGAUAAACACCUUUGCUAAGAGUAUUAUUAUAUUAUUGAUCGAUUGACUGACUUUUCAACAACCAGUAGCAUGAAUAUGUUAGAACAGCACACACUACACAAGCAAUGCUCACGUUGAGUGGACGCACACAUCCCUCAUUAACUUGACUAGGCAAUCUCUUCUCCCAUAUGACCAGUUGGAAAUGUCUAAGUGGGAUCCUUAGGACCUCCAACUCUGACUUCAAGGUUACAUUUUAAACGGUUAAAGGAACAGGUUAAGGUUAGGGUUAAGUUAAGGGUUAGGUUGAGGGUUAAGUUAAGGGUUAGGUUGAGGGUUUAGUGUAGGGACAUCCAAAGGAUACCAUUUAGCAUCAACCAUGCCAAAUUUCCCAUUUACCACUCACUUUUAGAAACUCAAAUGGGGUGCGUUCAGUUCAAUUAAACGCUUGCUUUGUUGCGUAACGGCUUGUACUGAAUGACACGUUUCCCAAAAACGCUUUUCAAUGUUCUGCUCCGUUUGGUGGGUGUGGCAGGGUGUGGCAUGAAGCAACAAGUGGUGUAUUUAAAGGAAAGCGGCCAUGCUGACAGCAUUCCCUAAAUCACAACCCAACCCCUUGCAAUUUUUCAACCGGUCGUUCAGAACAGCACCGUUUCCAUUUAAUUGAAUGAUGCAUUACAUUUUAUUUGUGCUGAAUGCAGCCCUGAUGCCCAAGGGAAGGGCGCCAGAGGUGAUUGGCCAACAUAUGUGUGCAGAGAUUGGCUGACUGACUUGUCAAUAAUAUAUUCUCAAAGGCACAGGGCCUUUUUCCUCUUCCUGGACUGGUUCCUGCUGACAUUGGAUCCCAACACAGCACAUCAACUCCUGUGUCUGUCUGAGGGGAACCAAAAGGUGACCAGGAGUGAUAAGAUUCAGCCUUAUCUCAACCAUCAACAUAUAUUCAGCCACUGGAAACAGGUUUUGUGUGGAGAGUGUCUGUCUGGAGCUACUGGGAGGAAGAGCGGAUCGGGUUGAGGUUGAUCUCAGAUAAAGCCAUCAGCAGGAGAGGAAGUGGUAAUGACUGUUGGUUUGGAGGUAAUGACCAGUCCUAGAGGUUGUACUGUUCUGCAUCUACAUGCUGUUUCUACCACAGUAGUAAAGAGACAGAUAUCCCUGCCAUCUGCUCAGACUGUAGGAGUGUACCUGGACCACAGCGCUCCUACCGACAGUGAGUCACGUGGACGUGGAACGUUAUAAUGGGGAAAAUGAGUGACCUAAGCGACUUUGAGUGUGGUCUGAUCGUCGGUGCCAGCCUCGCGGCAUCCAGUAUCUCAGAAACGGCCGCCCUCCUGGGCUUUUCACGCAUGACGCUGUCUAGGGUUUACCGACAAUGGUGCGACAAACCAAAAAGCAUCCAGUCAGCGGCAGUUCUGUGGGCGAAACAGCUCGUUGAUGAGAGGUCGAAGGAAAAUGGCAUGAAUCAUGCAAGCUAAAAGGUGGGCCAUCAAUGGACAAAUAACGUCUCAGUACAACAGUGGGGUGUAGAACAGCAUCUCGGACCGCAGAACUUGUCGAUCCUUGUCACGGUUGGGCUAUUGCAGCAGACGACCACAUCGGGUUCCAUCCUGUCAGAUAAAAACAACAAGAAGUGGCUCCAUCCCGGUUUCUGUUGCAUCGUGCUGAUUGUAGAGUCAGGAUUUGGCCUAAGCAGCGUGAGUCCAUAGACCCGUCCUGCCUGGAUUCAACGGUGCAGUCUGUUGAUGGUGGAGUACUGGUGUGGGGAAUGUUUACCUGGCACACGUCCCUUGAUACCAUUUGAGCAACGAUUGAACACCUGUCAUAAAGAACUAAAGGUGUUCUGGAGCGUCCGGCCCAGGAGUAGAUGUGUGUACCUAAUAAACUGGCCACCGAAUGACAACAUUGGUAUCAGAAGUCUGAUAGUACUAUGGUUUGAUAAGAGUGUCUACUAAAUAUACUAAAUAUAAAUGUACAUGUAAAGAUUUUCAUAAAUACUUUGAGGAAAAAUGUACUUGAUACGAUUGUGAGAGGUUGAUGUCUCACCUAGAACAGCUGUCUUAAGGUAAAUGCACAAAUUUUAAGUCUCUGGAUAAGUGUCUAUUAAAUGACUAAAACAUAAAUGUGAAAGUGAACAAUUGCAGAUUAGUAUUAUUCUAAUGAGCUCCGCCCCAAAACAAGAUCAUAUGCAAAUAGUCUGGGUAGCAACCUGAACACCCCCCUCUUCUACGCUGCUGCUACUCUCUGUUAUUAUCUAGGCAUAGUCACUUUAAUAACUCUACAUACAUGUACAUAUUACCUCAAUUACCUCAACACCGGAGCCCCCGCAUAUUGACUCUGUACCGGUACCCCCUGUAUAUAGCCUCCACAUUGACUCUGUACCGGUACCCCCUGUAUAUAGCCUCCACAUUGACUCUGUACCGGUACCCCCUGUAUAUAGCCUCCACAUUGACUCUGUACCAGUACCCCCUGUAUAUAGCCUCCACAUUGACUCUGUACCGGUACCCCCUGUAUAUAGUCUCCACAUUGACUCUGUACCGGUACCCCCUGUAUAUAGCCUCCACAUUGACUCUGUACCAGUACCCCCUGUAUAUAGCCUCCACAUUGACUCUGUACCGGUACCCCCUGUAUAUAGUCUCCACAUUGACUCUGUACCGGUACCCCCUGUAUAAAGCCUCCACAUUGACUCUGUACCGGUACCCCCUGUAUAUAGCCUCCACAUUGACUCUGUACCGGUACCCCCUGUAUAUAGCCUCCACAUUGACUCUGUACCAGUACCCCCUGUAUAUAGCCUCCACAUUGACUCUGUACCGGUACCCCCUGUAUAUAGUCUCCACAUUGACUCUGUACCGGUACCCCCUGUAUAUAGCCCCGCUAUUGUUAUUUACUGCUGCUCUUUAAUCAUUUGUUUUUCUUAUCUCUUACUUUUUUGUUUGUUGGUAUUUUCUUAAAACUGCGUUGUUGGUUAAGGGCUUGCAAGUAAGCAUUUCAGCUGCUGGUCAUUCUGAAAUAACCUCUGUCUCGAGUUCCCUCCUCUAGUCUUUAAACGGUCAGGCUGAUACAUGAGUCAGUCCGGCCCUGGUAGAUACAACAACUAAAAGUCCUAAUAUAAUACAGUUUCUUCCCAACCAGAUUAUUCUCUCUCUACCUCCUUGGCCUUUUUCUUCUUCUUGGAUGAUUUCCCUGUUGUAUUCGGCAACUGUGACAAAUAACAUUUGAUUUGAAGAUCAAUGAUAAUACCCAGUGUGCUUUGCAGUUCAUUUUGGGAUGUUCAUUUUCACAUAUCCAUUUACAUGUUGGUCAUUUAGCAGACACUCUCAUCCAGAGUGACUUGUUCAACUAAGGUAGAUGAACAUUAUAUCAGUCAUUGCAAGAAAACGAUUUUUUAACCGGUACUGAGAAUGUUGUUAAUUUUGAUAAAUUGAUCUUUAUGGUAUUUAAUAAUUAUGUUUUGUAGUUAUUGACCAUCAUCAUCUGCAGUAUCCUACUGUCUGAGGAAGGGAGGUUUUGUUCUAACAUGGGUGAGGGUGGAGAGAGGGGUAGGGAGAGCAGGGGGGGUAGAUAGGGACUGUUUUCUGUUGUGGCUACUUAUCAGUCUUUUUAAGAAAGGGCUCUGGGAUGCCAGGCAUGUCUCUGGGAUGCCAGGCAUGUCUGCCCCUGGUUAAGUCAGGGGCAGACAUGGGGGUGGAGGGAAUAGUGAGGAGAGUGGAGGGAGAUUUGAGGGGGAGGAUAAGGAGGGAGGAGAGGAAGUGGGGCCACCAUGCCGCAUUAGAGCGAUGGAAAGGGGGGUUGGGGCUUGUCAGGUAGGUAAGGUUUAGAAGGUAGGUUGGUAGAUUUUGUGGGAUUUGGAAUGCUUAUGUUUAUUGAUGGCUUGUGAUUUUUGUUAGUUUGCAGCAUCCCCCUGGAAAAGAUUGAGGGCGGGUGUUGGUUGCCUAUCUCUUACCAGAGAGAAAGGGGUUCAGUGUUUUUUGAAAACCGAUGGGUUGUUUGGAUAUGGGCAUGCUAAAAGAAGUGUGAAAUGUUCACUGUGUAAAUGUAUGAAAAGUUAGAAUAAAAGCUUUGAAUCAU